AUGUCUUAUUAUAUUUUAUUCUUCGAAUUUCUCAUUUCAUCGGUGAUUAUAGCAGAUCCAGGCUUAGCACCGAUCGAUCCUAAUGCUUAUGCAGUUCCAUCCUCAUCAUCAUAUGAUUAUUAUGGAUACCGGCAAGCACAAGCUAAACAACAACAGCAACAACUAGAGACACCGUCACCCUAUUUAAACAAACGAAAUCCAGACGCCAAUCAAAAUCCAAAUUCACAACAAUCAGUUAUAUCAUCUUACGGAACUAAUCCAACACGAGUAUCAUCAAAUCAAUGUAGAUUACAUAUUAAUUGCCCAAAUGCAAGAAAUCGAGUCGCACUUGAUAUUCAAGGGCCCGCUGGACCACCUGGUCCACCUGGCAAACAAGGUAUUCAAGGUCCAAGUGGUCAACCAGGUUUACCAGGACCACCCGGUCGCGAUGGUUAUACAAAUAUAAAAUCAGCAUUUUUCGUUGCCCUAAAUAAUACUUAUCUCCUACAAACAGAUUCAUCUAUUGUCAUUUGGGAUGAUAUACUAUUAAAUAAAAAUAAUCAUCUAAACACUGCAUCGGGUAUCUAUUAUGCACCGAUAAGUGGUAUAUAUGAAUUUAGUUUAACUGUUUGUGUGCCAGCUAAUCAAAUUGCAUCUGUAUCUUUAUGUAAGAAUACAGAGAAUGUCGUUCCAUUAUGGGUUGAAGGCUUUUUAACAGCUGUUAAAAAUCAAAAAGUACCUGUUUGGAAUACAGCAUCAACAACGAUUGUUUUAUUUUUAAAUAGAGGUGAUCGAGUUUAUAUUAAAGCUCAAUCCCGUGAUGAUGGAGAUUAUAAUUUUAAAACAUCGUUAUAUGGUUGGCGCUACACAACAUUUGGCGGAUAUUUAAUUCAUGAAGACAAUUAA